ACCCAGGAGUCCCCAGCCUUCCGGGGACCUGGCGCUUAGCCUCUCCUUGUUGGGCCGUCCCUGUUGGCUCCCAGGGUUGGCUAUGGGGAGGGUGGAGACUCCUGGGAGUCAGCUCACUCCUUAAAGGGUUCCCCCGCGGCCCACCGGUCCUCCCUAGGGCCCAGAAGGACACAGCUGUGGCCAGAGGAGCCAAGACGGUCCGCUGACAUGCCCGAGGCUAAACCAGCGGCCAAAACGGCCCCGAAAGGCAAAGAUGAGGCCAAACCUGCUGCCGAGGAAACCGCUCCCAAGGAAACCCCCACAGAGGAGGCCCCCCCAGAGUCCCCCAAAGAAGCCCCAUCUGAGGAGCAGUCCCCCACUGCCGAGGAGCCCACGGGCGUUUUCCUGAAGAAGCCAGACUCUGUGUCUGUAGAGAAUGGAAAGGACGUGGUGAUCGUGGCCAAGGUGAACGGGAAGGAGCUCCCAGGCAAACCGACCAUCAAGUGGUUCAAGGGGAAGUGGCUGGAGCUGGACAUCAAGAGCGGGGCCCGGUUCACCUUCAAGACCAGCCAUGACUCCGCCAACAACGUGAGGGCCAGGGGCACGGCGACUCAGGACUCCACGGGGCCGGUUCUAGAAGAAUUCAAGCGCUCGGGUGAAGCGAAGUCCGAAGAUGCGGGCGAGCUGGAUUUCAGCGGCCUGCUGAAGAAGAGGGAGGUGGUUGAGCAGGAAAAGAAGAAGAAGAAGGACGAUGAUGACCUGGGCAUCCCGCCUGAGAUUUGGGAGCUCCUGAAAGGGGCAAAGAAGAGCGAGUAUGAGAAGAUCGCCUUCCAGUACGGAAUCACCGACCUCCGGGGCAUGCUGAAGCGGCUCAAGAAGGCCAAGGUCGAGGUCAAGAAGAGCGAAGCCUUCACGAAGAAGCUGGACCCAGCCUACCAAGUGGACAGAGGCAACAAGAUCAAGUUGGUGGUGGAGAUCAGUGACCCAGACCUUCCCCUCAAGUGGUACAAGAACGGCCAGGAGAUCAAGCCGGGUAGCAAGUACGUGUUUGAGAACGUUGGUAAGAAGCGAAUUCUCACCAUCAACAAGUGCACGUUGGCGGACGAUGCCGCGUAUGAAGUCGCCGUGGGCGAUGAGAAGUGUUUCACCGAGCUCUUCGUCAAAGAACCUCCAGUGCUGAUUGUGACACCCCUUGAGGACCAGCAGGUGUUUGUGGGCGACCGGGUGGAAAUGGCCGUGGAGGUGUCGGAAGAAGGCGCCCAGGUCAUAUGGAUGAAGGACGGCGUGGAGAUGACGAAGGAGGACUCCUACAAGGCGCGGUACCGCUUCAAGAAAGACGGGAAGCGUCACAUUCUCAUCUUCUCAGAAGUGACCCUGGAAGAUGCGGGCCGGUUCAAGGUCAUGACCAAUGGCGGCCAGUGCGAGGCUGACCUCAUCGUGGAAGUGAAACAGCUGGAGGUCCUGCAGGACAUUGCGGAUCUGACAGUGAAGGCCUCGGACCAGGCCGUGUUCAAGUGCGAAGUGUCCGACGAAAAGGUGACGGGCAAGUGGUUCAAAAAUGGGGUCGAGGUGCGGCCCAGCAAGAGGAUCACCAUCUCCCACACGGGGAGGAUCCACAAGCUGGUGAUCAAUGACGUCCGCCCGGAGGACGAGGGGGACUACACGUUCGUGCCCGAUGGCUACGCCCUGUCUCUCUCAGCCAAGCUCAACUUCCUGGAAAUCAAGGUGGAGUACGUCCCCAAGCAAGAGCCACCGAAGAUCCACCUGGACUGCUCGGGGAAAACCUCGGAGAACUCCAUCGUGGUCGUGGCGGGGAACAAGCUGAGGCUGGACGUGGCCAUCACGGGGGAGCCCCCUCCCGAGGCCACCUGGCUGAAGGGGGACGAGGUGUUCUCGGCCAAGGAGGGCAGGAUGCGCAUCGAGCAGCGCGUGGAGUGCAGCAGCUUUGUCAUCGAGAGUGCGGAGCGGGCGGACGAGGGCCGCUACACCAUCAAGGUCGCCAACCCCGCUGGCGAGGACGUGGCCUCCAUCUUCGUGCGGGUUGUGGAUGUCCCAGACCCCCCGGAGGCAGUGCGUGUCACCUCAGUCGGAGAGGACUGGGCCAUCCUGGUCUGGGAGCCGCCCAAGUAUGAUGGGGGACAGCCAGUCACCGGGUACCUCCUGGAGCGGAAGAAGAAGGGCUCCCAGCGCUGGAUGAAGCUGAACUUCGAGGUCUUCACGGAGACGACCUACGAGUCCACCAGGAUGAUCGAGGGCGUCCUGUACGAGAUGCGGGUCUUCGCCGUCAACGCCAUCGGGGUGUCGCAGCCCAGCCUCAACACCAAGCCCUUCAUGCCUAUCGCGCCCACAAGUGAACCCCGGCACCUGACAGUGGAGGACGUGACAGACACCACCACCACCCUCAAGUGGCGGCCCCCCGACAGGAUCGGGGCGGGCGGCAUCGACGGGUACCUGGUGGAGUACUGCCUGGAGGACUCCGAGGAGUGGAUCCCCGCGAACACGGAGCCCGUCGAGCGCUGCGGCUUCACCGUCAAGGAUCUUCCCACAGGAGCCAGAAUCAUUUUCCGGGUCGUGGGGGUCAACAUCGCGGGGCGCAGCGAGCCGGCCACUCUGGCUCAGCCGGUCACCAUCAGGGAGAUCGUGGAGCAACCCAAGAUCCGACUCCCCCGCCACCUGCGCCAGACUUUCAUCCGCAAAGUCGGGGAGCCCAUCAACCUUGUCAUCCCCUUCCAGGUGCGUAAGAAGGCAGGGCCCCCCGUGAACGUGACGGUGAAGGAGGUGUGGGGCACCAAUGCGCUGGUGGAGUGGCAGCCCCCCAAAGACGACGGCAACAGUUUCGGGGUUUCGUCCCUUUUCCUGGCGGCUGCCAUGUUGAGCUUCUCCAUCCAGGAUGCGCGGAUCAGCUGGAAACCGCCGGAGUACAAGGAGCAUGACUUCCGCAUGGCUCCCAAGUUCCUGACGCCACUGCUGGACCGCGUGGUGGUGGCUGGCUACACGGCUGCUCUCAACUGCGCCGUCAGAGGCCACCCCAAGCCGAAGGUGGUCUGGAUGAAGAACAAGAUGGAAAUCAGGGAGGACCCCAAGUACCUGAUGACCAACUACCAGGGGAUCCUGACGCUGAACAUCCGCCGCCCGUCCCCCUUCGACGGGGGUACCUACACCUGCCGCGCGUUCAACGAGCUGGGGGAGGCGCUGGCCGAGUGCAAGCUGGAGGUCCGAGGUGAGAGCUCGUGCCCUUUGCAAAGCGACGGGAGUCAGACCCUCUGGGGGGUGCCGGGUGGCGGGGAGGAGGCCGCCCGGGGCGUCGAGGGCAGGGCGGGGGCACCGGACCAGCCUGGGUAG